UAGGCCGGGCUGAGGGGCCGCGUGUCCCCCGAGCCCCCGGGAGAGGAGGGGCUGCCGUUCGGGGUUUCGCCUCCCCGGUACCCGUGGCCCGGCUCGCCCGGUCGGCGGGGCCAGGGAGGUGUCCGGGAACACGCAGAGGUGUGUGAGGCGCUGAUUUGGAAUAAACAGGAUGUUUGUCACCUUCCGAUCGUAAAGCUGGAUUGAGAGUCAUCUGGAGCAGAAACUCGUAUUUCACAUGUGAAGCUCUUCCCUUCAGAAUUAGUUAUCUGUCUUGAAUGAACUUCUUUCUACAUAUUUAUAAUUUCAUUUAGACUGCUAAAUACAGACCAUGCCUAGCAGAAUGGGCUCAAAAAUUGAUUUGAACAAAGACUUCAUCAGAGUAAAAACACACUACAGUGGGGACAUCCUGAUAACAAACUUGGAUGCCUCAAUGAGCUACGCUGAACUCUGUGAUGAAGUGCACGAGAUGUGCAACCUGCAGCAGGAGCAGCCAAUCACCCUCAAGUGGAUUGAUGAUGAAGGUGACCCCUGUACCAUCUCGUCGCAGAUGGAGCUGGAGGAGGCCUUCCGGUUGUACUGCCAGAACAGGGACGAGGGGCUCAUUAUCCAUGUUUUCCCAAGCAUUCCAGAGAAGCCCGGCAUGCCCUGUCCAGGAGAAGAUAAAUCCAUCUACCGCCGCGGCGCCCGGAGAUGGAGGAAGCUGUACCGAGUGAAUGGGCAUUUGUUCCAAGCCAAGCGCUUUAACAGAAGAGCGUACUGUGGCCAGUGCAGUGAAAGGAUAUGGGGGCUCGGAAGGCAAGGCUACAAGUGUAUCAACUGCAAGCUGUUGGUCCAUAAACGUUGUCACAUCCUUGUCCCACUGACCUGCAAGAGGCAUAUGGAUUCGGUGAUGCCUGCCCAGGAACCGCGCAUAGGAGAGAAGAACGACGAGGUGGAUCUCCCUUCGGAAGACACCGAUGGAAUUCCCUACAUUCCUUCCAGCCGGAAACAUGACACCAUUAAAGAUGACUCUGAGGAUAUCAAACCAGUCAUUGAUGGAAUGGAUGGAAUUAAGAUUUCUCAGGGGCUUGGACUCCAGGACUUUGAUUUAAUCCGAGUUAUCGGCCGUGGAAGUUACGCCAAAGUUCUCCUGGUUCGGUUAAAAAAGAACGAUCAGAUCUAUGCUAUGAAAGUGGUGAAAAAGGAACUGGUCCAUGAUGACGAGGAUAUUGAUUGGGUACAGACAGAGAAACACGUGUUUGAGCAGGCAUCCAGUAACCCGUUCCUGGUCGGUUUGCAUUCCUGCUUUCAGACCACGAGUCGAUUGUUUCUUGUCAUAGAGUAUGUAAAUGGGGGAGACCUCAUGUUCCAUAUGCAACGGCAAAGGAAGCUCCCUGAAGAACAUGCAAGGUUUUAUGCUGCUGAAAUUUGUAUAGCUCUGAACUUCCUCCAUGAAAGGGGCAUCAUCUACAGAGAUCUCAAACUGGACAAUGUUCUCUUAGAUGCAGAGGGCCACAUCAAAUUAACAGACUAUGGCAUGUGCAAGGAAGGUUUGGGCCCUGGUGACACUACAAGCACUUUCUGUGGGACACCAAAUUACAUCGCACCAGAGAUCCUCAGAGGAGAAGAGUAUGGGUUCAGCGUGGACUGGUGGGCGCUGGGCGUGCUGAUGUUCGAGAUGAUGGCGGGACGGUCCCCGUUCGACAUCAUCACUGACAAUCCAGACAUGAACACUGAAGAUUACCUCUUCCAAGUUAUUCUUGAGAAGCCAAUCCGGAUUCCAAGGUUUCUUUCUGUCAAGGCUUCCCACGUGUUAAAAGGAUUUUUAAACAAGGAUCCCAAAGAAAGGCUGGGCUGUCAGCCCCAGACAGGCUUUGCUGACAUCAAGUCCCACACGUUCUUCCGCAGCAUCGACUGGGAUCUGCUGGAGAAGAAGCAGACGACCCCUCCGUUCCAGCCGCAGAUCACGGACGAUUACGGCUUGGACAACUUCGACACGCAGUUCACCAGCGAGCCCGUGCAGCUCACCCCGGACGAUGAAGAUAUCAUAAAGCGAAUAGAUCAGUCAGAAUUUGAAGGAUUUGAAUAUAUUAAUCCAUUGUUGCUGUCAACAGAAGAAACAGUAUGAAGGGCUGAGCUGGUUGGGGACAGUGUGACUGCCAUUAAUUUAUCCUUAACUCCAGUAUAUGCAUGCGAGGCUGGGACUGCUCACUCGGGAUGGAGACCAAUGAUCUGAAAACAAAUCUGCUGCUGCAAAUCAAAGAAGAGAGUAACGCUUUUGGUGGGUGUCCUCUGCCACUUAGUGAUUCCUGAGUUCUGGGCACUGACACAACUGGCUUCAUUAAUGAAGGAAUUUGCAUUUUGUGCCUGUUUCAUGAAGGAUUCAAGCGUUCAUUGCAUCCCUGCAAAAGGAGAUCAUGAGAAACUUUGAGAUCCACACACCUUCUACAAACAUUUGAUGCAAUGAGCUCCCAGUUGAAGAGUAUUCCAGUGUAACAUCCUGAAGAAUAAAGUAUAUUACGGUGGUGUUGAAGCUUAUUUUUGAUGCCUUUUUUCACAAGUGGUACCUGUCUAAACGUCUCAGAUAUAUUUAAAAGGAGUUGUGUUUUAUUAGCAAUCAAAACAUAAAUUUGGGUACAAGAUUUAAGUGCCUAAAUGGAUAAACUGCAUUGAAGGAUUAUUGCAUAUUUGGAACGUUCUUACACCUGGUAAGUUCUGCUUGUUAAUAUUAAGUAACCAUUUCCAUCUGAAACAUACAGUUCACAGCUGCAGCCUGAGGUUUAGUUGUAUUUUUAUGGAAUUUGGAAUGCAGAGUGACUCCGUGAGAUUAAUUCCAAAUUAGAAUCUACAGUAUCGAUUUCUAAAUCUGUUGUCUUAAAACUCCAAAUUUACCAAAACGUAGAGAUUGAAGAAAACUAAAUUUGCACACACAGGAUUUCUGAACAUACUUAAGCAGUGCCUACACCUACAAUGAUGUUGUGUUGUAUAUUAGAUUUUUGAGAAGUAUUUUUAUCAACAGUACAAAUAUUCAGAAGUAGAGCAAAAGCAUAAUAAAGCAUAGCCUUAAAGUUUAAGUAGUAAAUCUAGAAUAACCAUAAGAUAAAAUCCAUUUUCCUGAUAAAGCACACCUCCUACUUCUGUAAACUGUCUGCUUUCCUCAGUGUCCAUUAACAACUCUCGCUCUGCGCCACAGAACGGGGUGCUCAGGAAGAGCUCACAUGGGAGUGGUGAAGCCCUUUAAUGGCAGACAGACAAAUGCCCAGAAAUGGGGGACAGCAAGGACAAGGCUCAGCUCCCCGUGGGCACAGGGGGUGUCAGGGCACAGGGGGUGUCGGUGUGGGGCUGACACUGCUGGGUUGUGCAGACAGGAGGGAAAGGAGCCUGUGGGGAGGAAGCCAAGGAGAGAGCUGAGCCCUGGCCCCUCCCUGCUGUGGCCAAGGCAGGAGCGAUUGGGACGCUGUCACUUUGUUUCCAUUAACCUCUGGUUUUCUCAGGGUACAGCAUUGCAUUCGGUGCUGAACAUGACAUCUUUGGGAUUCCCAUCCAAGUCAUGAGGUGCUAGGACCAGACUGCCAAAACAUUGAAGUAAUUAAUCACUGAUUAACAAUCUGUUUUGUAUCCCCUCAUUAGCCACAAUUAUGCAGACCUGUGGUUGUUGAGUUCUAGGAAUCCCAUUCAGGUUUCAGUUGGGGGUUUCUCUGUUGGACUGUAGCUUUUCAUAUUAAGCAAGAUGUGUUUUAAUCAGCACUAAAUAAUUUAACUAGUAAGAAGUACUUGCCUCAAAUGCCUGGACUUUAGAUACUUUAUUAUCUACUAAAGGCAACAUUACCUUUUAAAUGUAAUCUGACAUUUUUUUAAUUACUCCCUUUCCCCCUUCUCCCUCUUACUUUAUUUACCCUGAAUAACUUCUCUUUCAGUGUUUUCAGCUCCCCUGGUACUAAAGGUGAUCAGGAGUGAUCAGAGUGACUGCAGGCAGCUCAUGAGUGGAAAAGUGACAGGUUAAGCUGUCCUUUGACAUGCCAGGGCAUGGAACUUUAAACUGGAAAUAUUAAGAAAUGUGGGUUGGGGGUUUUUUUAACCUUUUUUUCUAGGUUUCAGAACAUUUUGGGAGGGAGGGAAGGAAGAACAGGAAGACACAUUUUGCUAAACAAACAUUGUAAAGACUACUUGAUUUUUAUUUAAGAAUUUACAGGCAUUUACAAUGUUGCUGUGUUGCCAAAUAGUUUGCUGGGUACAAGUUUGGUUGCUCAUGUGCAAGUGUUUGAAUAAUGUUCUGUUCAUGAUGAAGGGGAAAUUUUUUAUAUAAAGUACUUGUUUUAUAAAUAAAAGAAAAUGAAGGAUGUAAUUAAAUGUGUGGUUUGGAAAAAAAAAAUCCUAAUAUAUUACAAAUGGAUCUGGUAAUGAUAUAUAGUUGUCUUAUUUGAAAUAGUAAAUGAAAUUCUAGCUAAUUUAAUGAUUGUAAAACAGUAAAUAUGUUCUUGUAGUUUUGUAUAAUUAAUUAGUUGGGAUCUUUGCUGACCAGUUUUAAUUGUGCAGAAGAUGGUAUACUAAUCCAUAACAGCUGAGAUCAUUUAUAUUCUUGCACAUCUAUUAAAGACUUUAAUGAGAAA